UGGAGUGCGUAAGUCUGGUGGAUACUCCUCGAUGUCCUCUAGAAGAUACACCUCUUCCGGAGGAAGCGGAGGCUUUUCCGGGAGAAGCUUUGGUGGAGGAGCUUCCAGGAGCAGCUACGGAGGGGGCUUUAGCAGCGGCAGCUGCGGAAGGAUUAGCCGCAGUAGCUACGGUGGGAGAAUGAGCGGUGGCAGCUACGCAGGAGGAAUGAGCUGUGGGAGCAUGGGAGGAGGCUACGGCUCAGGUGGGGGUGGCUUUGGGGGAAUGGGGGGUGGGUAUGGAGCUGGCCUCGGGGGAGGCAGUUUUGGCGGCGGUGGAUACAGCGGAGGUGGAUUUAGCGGCUUCGGGGGGAGCGGUGGCUUUGGUGGCGACUCCGGGCUGCUCUCCACAAAUGAGAAGCUGACCAUGCAGAACCUCAACGACCGCCUGGCCUCCUACCUGGAUAAAGUGCGACGCUUGGAGGACGAAAAUACUCAGCUUGAGCACCUGAUCAGGGAGUGGUAUAAAAAUCAAGGUCCCACUUCUACCCGGGACUACAGCCAGUAUUACAGAACGAUUGAGGAACUGCAGAACCAGAUCAUUUCUGCCACUGUGGACAAUAACAAGCUGCUUCUGGACAUCGAUAACAGCAAGAUGACUGCUGAUGACUUCCGCAUGAAGUAUGAGAACGAGCUGGUCAUCCGCCAGACUGUGGAGGCUGAUAUUAAUGGCCUGAGAAAUCUCCUGGAUGACCUGACUCUGGUUAGAUCUUCCCUGGAGUCCGAGCUCGAGUCCCUGAAGGACGAGCUGAUUGCUCUGAAGAGAAACCAUGAGGAGGAAAUGAGACAGCUCCAGUCCCAAACUGGUGGAGACGUGAGCGUGGAGGUCAAUGCUGCCCCCGGCGAAGACUUGACAAAGACACUGAACGACCUGAGAAACGAAUACGAGCAGCUCAUUGAGAAGAACCGCAGAGAGGUUGAGCAGUGGUAUGAGGUCAAGAUCGAAGAGGUCAACCAGCAGGUCACUUCUAGCAGCCAGGACAUCCAGACGAGCAGCCACCAGCUCACUGAGCUGAGACGUGAGAUGCAGAACCUGGAGAUCGAAUUGCAGGCGCAGCUCAGCACGAAAAACUCUCUGGAGAACUCCUUGGCCGAAACCGAAUCUCGCUAUGGCUGCCUGCUGCAACAAAUCCAAGGGCAGAUUAACUCGGUGGAGGAGGAGCUGGCCAGCAUCCGCUGCGAGAUGGAGAGUCAGAACCAGGAGUACAAGAUGCUCCUGGGCAUCAAGACCCGCCUGGAGCAGGAGAUUGCGCAGUACCGGGCCCUGCUGCAGGAGGGACAGCAAGACAUUGCUGCCUCCCAAGGAGCUUUCCAAGGAGGUGGAAAAUCCUCCCAUUCAUAUUCUGCUUCCUACUCUCAUUCCCAGUCUGGUGACGUGACGGGGCAAUCCAGAAUCUGCUGA